UAAGGCAGGACUACUAUCGCAGAAGCAUUGCCAAUCCCCCACACGCGCAGCCACGGUCCUCCUUCCCCGUUCAGGCUGUCGUGAAGCGAAUCGCUGCCCAGCCAGACGCACCUCAUUGUCCUUGGCGCGGCUGUAUUCUAGCGUCCCAGAUCGAGAAUCCGCCGCGUGCUGCACGCAGCGCUGACGUGGUUUGCCAGCAGAGCAGUUAGAGACAGGCGCUCCGUUCUAAAUCCAGUAUCUCUGCACGUUCCUCGACAGCUAAAAAACAUGUCGUCGACCUCUCCCUCGAAGGAACCGGAGGUGGAACCCGAAGUUCAGUCGAAUGACGACCAGGAUCAAAUGGACAAGGAACAACAAGACACUCAGGCGCAGGGUCAGGGAGAGUUCGAGGUGAAGGAGCAGGACAGAUGGCUACCAAUUGCAAAUGUGGCUCGCAUUAUGAAGCUGGCAUUGCCCGAGAACGCAAAGAUCGCAAAAGAGGCCAAAGAGUGCAUGCAGGAAUGUGUGAGCGAAUUUAUCUCGUUCAUCACUAGUGAAGCGUCCGAGAAAUGUCAGCAGGAAAAGCGCAAAACGGUCAAUGGGGAGGACAUCCUGUUCGCCAUGACCUCACUCGGGUUUGAAAACUAUGCGGAAGCCCUGAAAAUUUACCUAUCCAAGUAUCGCGAGACCCAGUCCGCAAGGGGAGAGCACCAGAACCGCCCCUCGAGCAGUGGGUACGGCGCUGGCGGGCCCGUAGGAGGGCCCGGGGCCCCAGGCGGCCGUCCAGGUGCUCCGGGGGCCUUCCCUGAUGCUGCCGAUGGCACCAACAGCAUCAUGAACCCAAGCUUGGACCCCUCUGACCAAGACACCGCGGCCUAUGGCUACCCCCCGAUGGUCGGCCAGCCUCACAACGGCACCGGUGGUGAAUCCUAUUAAGUAUGCUAUUGUGCGGGGAACCCAUCCAAUGGACCGACUCAACGACCAUCCCAACUUGGAGUCUUCGGAGUUCCGGCAGCGACUUGACCCUCACCUCAUCCUGACAGAGGCUGGAUGCAGCUUGUUUCCAGGAACAAGAGCCUGGAAUCGCAGCCUCGCUGCGAGCGAACCUAUCCGGAUGUGACUCCCUGUACAGCAAUCCUAAAGUAGGUUACUUACGGGAUAUUUAACGGAACGAAUACGAACAAAUCAACGCGACAGGAAUAACGGAACCCGGGCUCAGUAUUUCUUAUCUAUCUUAUCUAUCUGUUUACUUUUAUCUCAUUCUUUCUUUCAUUGUC